CAAGAAGUCACUCUGCUCAUCGCCCCAAGAUGAUUCGGCUGCUGUGCCCAGAACCAAGAUCCGGAAAAUAAACAGCACGGAGUCUGAACUGUCUGAAACUUGAAGACUCUUUUGGACCUUGUUGGAUACAGCUCAGCCAUCCACUAUGAGCACUUCUCAGGGAUGCAUUUCAGGCAUGUCCAUCAGAAGAGUCAAUACAAGGUCUUCAAGAAUAAAAAUACCUGAAUGAUAUGUGAAGGGUGAAAGUGUGUGAGAACCUCCUCUGGACGUCUGGCAGUGUACGGCCGAACCGGUUGCCAGCGGCCUAUCCGCAGAUAACAUUGUGAAGGCCAGUGGCCGACUGAGGGAGGGGGACGCCUCAAAUCAUCCUGUAGCAGGCCGUGUGUUCCUCUCAUACAAACAAUGCUACGGACCGAUCAUGGGUGACUGGAGCUUUCUGGGCAAUAUUUUAGAGGAAGUCAACGAGCACUCUACGGUGAUCGGCCGGGUGUGGCUCACAGUUCUGUUCAUUUUUCGUAUCCUGAUCCUGGGCACGGCUGCUGAGUUUGUUUGGGGCGAUGAGCAGUCAGACUACGUGUGCAACACUCAACAACCUGGGUGUGAAAAUGUGUGCUAUGAUGAGGCCUUCCCGAUCUCGCACAUUCGCCUUUGGGUGCUGCAGAUCAUCUUUGUGUCCACGCCGUCGCUGGUGUACGUGGGCCAUGCUGUGCACCACGUCCACAUGGAAGAAAAACGCAAGGAGCGCGAGGAGGCCGAACUGAGCCGCCAACAAGAGCUGAGCGAGGAACGCCUGCCACUGGCCCCAGACCAGGGCAGCGUCCGAACUACGAAGGAGACCAGCACCAAGGGAAGCAAGAAGUUCAGGCUGGAAGGCACUUUGCUCAGAACAUAUAUUUGCCAUAUAAUCUUCAAGACACUGUUUGAGGUGGGCUUUGUGGUUGGCCAGUACUUCCUGUAUGGGUUUCGCAUCUUGCCACUGUACAAAUGUAGCCGCUGGCCUUGCCCCAACACUGUGGACUGCUUUGUAUCCCGUCCUACAGAGAAGACAGUCUUCAUCAUCUUCAUGCUGGCUGUGGCUUGUGUUUCUCUCUUCCUCAAUUUUGUAGAGAUCAGCCACUUGGGCUUGAAGAAGAUCCGCUUUGUGUUUCGUAAGCCAGCCCCAGCUCCAGCACAGGGCGAGGGGUCAGCUCUGCCCUCACCACAAGGUAAAGGCCUGGCCCCACUGGCAGUGCCGUCAUUACAAAGAGCUAAGGGCUACAGGCUGCUGGAGGAAGAGAAGGCCCCUCCAGUAACACAUCUCUACCCUCUGGCCGAGGUGGGCAUGGAGGCUGGCAGAGGCAUCUCCUCUUUCCCGAGUCUGGAGGACAAGGCAGAAGAGGGGUUACCGAUGGAGAGCAUCUCAAAGGUUUAUGAUGAGACUCUACCGUCUUAUGCCCAGACCACAGAGACGGCUGGGGUGACUCUACAUGAGGAGGAGGAGGAGGUGCAGUCAGCAGAGGCACAGGCACAGAAAGGGAGAAUGGAGGAAUUAGCUGAUGAGGAUGUUGAAGUGCAAGCAGCAGCAAAUGACAUGGAGGCAUCAGAUACGAUAGAGGACACUAGACCGCUUAGCAGAAUGAGUAAAGCCAGUAGCAGGGCCCGAUCAGAUGACCUCACUGUAUGAAUAUGUAAGAGAACAGAAGCUAGCUCCACACUGACAAAUGUUGAACACACACAUCUAAAACUCUGCUCAUGACGAAAACAGGUGUUAAACUGAGAGCUGCGAAAACAUACUUGCAAAAGAUAUACUGAAAAACCUUUAGGAACAAAAAAUAUGUGAUCUAGACUAAACGUAGACUUAAGAGUAGUUUUUUAUAUAUUUAAAAUACAUUUUAGUACCUAUAAAAAUAUGCAUGGAAGGAGGGGAACUGUUUUUACUUGAUGAAAUCUAUGGUCAUUUUUAGAACCAUCUUUUUCUAUUGAAGUUUUAAUCGAUCAAAAAGUGCAUAGGAGUUUGUACAUGAGGUUGGAGAAGAUGGGGAGAGAAAGUAGUUUGUACUUUUGUGCGUCUGCAGUCCAGUUCAUUUCACUGUAGUCGGGCACUUUCCUCCCAUUAAACAGAACCAUGGAGUUGUUUGGGGACUGGAUCAAAGGAUUCUCAGAGAUCAACAAAACUCAUACAUUUUUACAAACUUCGCUCUUUAUGACAAAGGAAAACUGCUUUUUUAGGUAGAUAAGAGCAAGUCUUUUGCACAUGAAAUUGAUUAGACUACGUGAGGCCUUUAACACUCAUCCAAGAAUACAGUUUGUAUACCUGGUGGCACUCAAAGUUAAGAAGUGAUAAAAGAAAUAAAUGACCACAUGUUGAAUGUCUUUUAAAUGUGAUUGUGCGUCUCAAUAGUGGAGAUGGCCUGUUGUUAAGCUUUAAACUUGACCUGUACACUGUGAUAUCAGUUGUGUGUUAAAGAGAGCUGGGGCUCAUUUUGCCCUAUCAGAGAAUAGACUAUAGUAGCGACCUCAGGCCAAAUCCUCUCUUUUCGCGCUGUACAAACAGGCGUCCGGGCGAUAAAGAUCAUGCAGCAUCAGCACAAAGUAUUGUUCAAACUGAGACAAUAAAAGAAACCGCACUCAUCAAUGAAAACAAGCAUCCUUGAUCCGGCUGUAAAAAAACACUUUAGACUUAAAACUUUUAGUUCACCACAGUGACCUUUGCUCUGGCAUGUCACAGUGACAAAGACUUGUGACUAACAGUGACUGUUUACAGAUAAAAACAUGGGCGACUGCCACUGUACAUAAAGCCCCCUCUCGUGUCUAAUAGUGUACAUAUUGUCAUGUGAACUUUUGGUAGAUAUUUAAAUUGUAGUGUCAAAAAAGAUUUUCAGAAUUAAUGAGCACCCCAACAAACAAGCAGCAGCAACCAAAGCACACUAACACAAUGAUAAAGAUUUAAGAAAAGAAAAAAUGACUUUGUGAUGGAGACAUUUUUACUUAAAAAGAAUUGCAUUUACAUUGGUGUGUUUUGUUUAUCCAUCUGCAGUCAUUGUAUGAUAUUCUUCUGUUCCCUAUAAAUGUAAAUUUUGAAAAUAUUGUAAAACCGUUUCGACAGAUUGUAUUGCUCUGGGACCUAAGUAAACCUUUGCCUAUAACUAAAAUCUAGAAGCUCACCUAUGAAGUAAUCCUACAAUGGGUUUUAUACAGUGGACAAAGUCAGUGCAGGCUUACAGUACAUCGCAAUGUGCCUCUGUGUGCACAAUCACAGUGUUGGUUUUGGGGGCAUGAUCAAAAGGCUCUCAAUAAUUUCACAGAGAUGGCAGCUUUGGUCCCCUUUGUGACCCCCAGCCACCAGUGCCUCCAUAUGCCAAUACUGUGGAGUAUUAAAGAGCAUAUCCAUGGAGAACAUAACUGUUGGCCUAAUAGUGUCACAGCUAAAACAAAGUGUCCCAAGAGAAGGAGUAAGCGUAUGCUCUUCGUAUUUGUAGAUUUGUUGCAGCGACUCUCUGUUUGAAGAACAUGCCCUUAAUUCUUGCAAAGAGAGAAACAAAAUGUUUUUACUACUAACUUGUAUUCUAUGCUGAUAUUCUA